CUCGGUGGUUGUUGUUGUUGUUGUUGUUGUAAUUAUCGUCGGUGAUGGUGGUGGUGGUUGACCAGAUUUCUAAUUGUUUUUUUUUCGUUGAAUUAAUUAACAAAAAGUAUCAUUUUUGAAAAACGUAAAUUCUAUCGAUAUCUCUUUUCGCAAACAAAAAAAUGGAUGAAUCAAUGAUGAGUAUCGAAUUAAAUCAAAGUAUUGAUGAUCAUUUUGAUGAUGAUGAUUUUAUACAAGAAACAUUAAAUGUAUCGAUGAAUAAUAAUUCAACAAACGUUGAAUUUAAACUGCCAUCACCUGUAUCCGAAUUAAUCACUAAUGUAACAUUACCCAAAUGUCGUCUUGAUUUUAAUGUUUCCGAUAUUGAUACACCAAGAAAUAGUUCAACUGUUGCACGUAAUCGAAAACGACGAAAUUUUACUCGUCGUUGUCUUUCUACCGAUUUGAAUGGCGAUCAUAAUAAUAUGUCGGAUCAAAUGUCUUUUCAGGAAUUUCGUUUUACCAAAGAAACAACACCAGCCAAAACAUCAAUAAAUGAAUUUAAAAGUCCAGUAUUAUCAUCAAUUCAGAAUAUAAUAUCACCACGUACAACACCUAAAUAUAAUCUUAUAACAUUGGAAUUGACACCAGAAUUUAAUAAUAUUAAACCAUCAUCAUCAACGAUAAAAUCAUUUGAUGAAAAUGAUUUAAUACCAAAAGCUAAAUGUAUUAAAUCUUCAUCAAUAAAAACAUUGAACAGCAGUAAUAAUAGUAAUAAUAAUAAUGGUGGACCAAAUGUACCAAUACAAAAAUAUUUUAGCGAAAAUCAUGCAUCAAUAAUGCGUGCCGUACAAUUAUCAUCAAGUGAUUCAACAUUAAUCGGUGAUUUUAGCCGUACAUAUGCAUUACCAUUGAUACAAAAUUCAAAACAUCAAGAUCUUCGUUCAAUUGAUUGUCAUGUAUUAGCUAAUCUUUUACAAAAUCAACAAUAUAUGGAAAAAAUACGUUCAUUUACAAUAAUUGAUUGCCGUUAUCCAUAUGAAUAUGAUGGUGGCCAUAUACGAACUGCAAUUAAUCUUUAUACACAAGAACAUAUUAUAAAUCGUUUUAUUAAAACUAAACCUAAAGAAGCUGAUUGUUUUAAUAAUAGCGAUGAUGAUGAUGAUAAACAAUCAUCUAAUGAUAAACGUGAUAUAUUAAUAUUUCAUUGUGAAUUUUCAUCCGAACGUGGUCCAAGUUUAUGUCGUUUUCUUCGUAACAAAGAUCGUGUUAAAAAUAGCCGUGUUUAUCCAAAUUUACAUUAUCCAGAAAUUUAUCUACUUGAAGGUGGUUAUAAAGAAUUUUAUCAACAUUAUUCGAAUCUAUGUGAACCAUGUUCAUAUCAACCAAUGCAUUCGAAAAAUCAUGAAGAAGAUUUGAAAAAAUUUCGUACCAUUUGUAAAAGUUUAGAUUAUAAAUAUUCUACACGAAAACGUAAUUUACGUCUUUAAUUUGCAAUCAAUAAUGAUCGAUGGAUGGAUGGAUGGUUACACUUAAACCCCCCCACUUUUAAUCUCUUUGUAUACGAUGAAAAUCAAAUGAAUAUAUUUUU